AAAUAAUAAAAUUAACGUUUAAAAAUAUUUUAAAUGUUUAGAACAAACACAUCGUGGGGUAAGGAAAAACAAACAAACUUCUAGAACAGAAAAAAAUACGCACAAAAAAACUCUUCAUCAAGAAAAGUUUGUUAUUUGAACUCGCAAUGUCAGACAUGAAAUGUGAACUUGAUGAAAUGGAGCAAACUAACUAUUCUAUUAAUAGCAAUACUAUGGAUCCAAAAAAUAAUGAAGAGCUGAUUAUUUAUGUGCAAAAUUUAUUACAAAAUGUGCAAGAUAAAUUCAGUUUAAUGUCGGAGCAGAUAAUUUCAAGGAUUGAUGAUAUGGGCAAUAGAAUCGACGAUUUGGAAAAGUCUAUAAGUGAUCUGAUGACUCAAGCUGGAGUUGAAGGACAUCAUCAGAUAGGAGACAAUGAGCAGAAUGUUGGACUUAACAGCAAUUAUUUUUAAGUUAUUUGUAUUGAUCCAGCAAUUUCCUCGUUACUAACAAACACUGCUUCCCUUGCCAUGACAACUAAUACUUAUUUUUGUUUUAACAUAAACUAAGUUUUAUUUUAUUUAUCAUAAUUUUCAAGGACGCAAAGUUAAAUUGAAAUAACCAUAGUGACGCUGCAUUGCUUGACAACUUCUUUUAAAGCACUAAGGAUGAAUUCCAAAUAUCUGAUGAUCUUCAUUUAAUAUUUAAUAUAAAUUUCAAUUCUUUUGGUUAAUAAAUCAUGUUAUGCACAAAGGAAA